AAAACCGUCAAAAGUCAAAAUUUCAAGUUUGUGAAUGUGAUGUGACUUUUUCAAGAGUAGAACCAAAUAAACAAAGUACUUUUAUUUUUGUUGGAUAUUUUGAAGAAAUUUUACAACUGCUAAAUUUAUAUGAAUAAUGGCAGCAAUAUCUGAUUUACCAGUUUUAGAGAACAUCAAUAUUAAAAACGGAAAUUUCAUAUGUGGUGUUGUUGAAGGAUUCUAUGGAAGACCAUGGACUACAGAACAGCGAAAAGAUUUGUUUCAAAAAAUGAAAAAAUGGGGUAUGGAUUCCUAUGUAUAUGCGCCAAAAGAUGAUUAUAAACAUAGAGCUUACUGGAGGGAGUUAUACACAGUGGAGGAAGCUGAACAUCUCACUGGCCUAAUCCAGGCUGCCAAAGACCAAAAUAUUACGUUUUACUAUGCCUUGUCUCCAGGUUUAGAUAUAACAUAUAGUAGUUCAAAAGAAGUAGGAGCCUUGAAAAGAAAACUUGAACAAGUGUCUCAGUUUGGCUGUAAUGCUUUCGCCUUGUUAUUCGAUGAUAUUGAAUCGGAAAUGUCCGAGGCAGAUAAGGAGAUUUUUCAGUCUUUCGCUCAGGCACAAGUCUCAGUAACUAAUGAAUGUUAUCAACAUUUGGGUCACCCAAAAUUUUUAUUAUGCCCUACUCAGUAUUGUUCUACUAGGGCUGUACCUAAUGUAACAAACUCAGAGUAUUUGAAUACUUUAGGAUCUAAAUUGUCUCCAGAAAUUGAUAUAUUAUGGACAGGACAGAAAGUAAUAUCUAGGACACUAACAAGAGAAAAUAUUCAGGAAAUAACUGAGGUUCUACGCAGACCUCCUGUUAUUUGGGAUAAUUUACAUGCUAACGACUACGAUCAGAAAAGAGUGUUCCUGGGGCCUUAUUCAGGUCGUUCACCUGAUUUGAUACCGAAACUUCGAGGAGUCCUUACCAAUCCUAAUUGUGAAUAUGGGGCCAAUUUUGUGGCUAUUCAUACUCUUGCACAAUGGUCUAAGUGCAAUGUCGAUGCUCAAAGAGAUCCUUCCAUAAUUAUACCUGUGCCUAUUAUACCCUCCAUAAAUACUUGCAUGAGUUUGACAUCAACAACAAGUACGUCGACUUCAACUGUUGUGAAUUCAAACCAGUUACAGGCCUUAGCUGAAGUUUGUAGCACUGUAACUGUCAGUGACAGCAUAGUGAAUCCAAUACCCGGCCCUGUUAUGAAUUCCCUGGUGUCCGAAACAAAAGUGGUUUGUAAUGAAUCUAUCCCUAACCCUAUCACGACUGUUCCAAUUCCUGUUCCUCUAGAUUCUGAUGAAGCAAAGACUGUAACUAUACUCAGCGGCACGAUGGAAUGUUUCGAAAACGAUCUGAAAUACGAGGAUUUAGCCUUACUAUGCGACUUAUUUUAUUUACCUUUCGAGCACGGAAGUCAAGGACUGCAGUUACUUCAAGAAUUCAAUUGGCUAAAGUCUAACGCACAUCUUGUCAUCAUAGCAAAUCAAAAAAAUGACAAAUUCAGCCCCGAAGUUCAGGAAUGGUUUACAAGGGCGGAAAAAUUGAAUGAAAUGACACAAUCAGUAAAUCGACUUUUCCAGCAUUUGUCGAGUUGCAAUAACAGAGAACUGCUGUACGAUUUGUAUUCUUAUAUUUGGGAUAUUCGAGGUGUCAUAUCUUUGCUCAACUCGUACGUCAAGUGGUUAGCUGGCGGUCAAUUUCCUCCAUCGAUGCCUUCAUACACCCAGGGGACUUAUACAUGGUUUUCCAAAGGGUGGAAAGAGACGUUUAUGAGUGGAGAUCAGGAACCGUGGGUUUUCCGUGGAGGUUUGACAGCAGAUUUGCAGCGACUGAUUCCCGUCGAUUCGGGAAAUGAUCUCUUCAUCUACAAAGUUCCAGACGUACCAAUCAAUCGAGUGUUCACAAUUCGACCCUAUCUGCCAAGCGAUGAAAAAGUAGUUUAUGACAUUUGCACCCGAACUUGUAAAGAUGGAUUAGAAGACCAACUUCCCUACCCUGAGAAGUUGAAGGAUCUCCAUGCGGAUCGGAUUGUUGGUCCUUAUUUAACAUUACAUCCGGAAUUUUGUUUCCUCGUUGAAGAUGAAACUGGGGUUGUUGGCUAUGCUUGUGCGAGUCCAGAUUACAAAAAGUUUCGGGUGAAACAAGAGAUCGCCUGGAUUCCAGAGAUGUGUGAAAAGUAUCCUCUCGAUAUAGCCAAUGACCUUCACGAUUUUGUUCAAGAUGCAGUUUCCUACUUUCACACCUUCAAGAAUGAAAUUUUCGUCAGUAGUCCUUCACAUCCCUCUAGUAUGAUUUGCAGUUUAUUACCCUCUGUUUUGGACCAGUCUGUCAGUAAAAGACUUGUUACAUGUUUGUUAGCUUCUUUGAGGGCUAACGGUUCAUUUGGAGUUCAUGUUGUCAUGAAUGUUACUGACAGCUACACACACGCUUUUUAUGGAAAGUUAGGAUUCAUUGAAAAUACUCUCGAAGCGAUUAAGGGUAAAAUUGUGAUGGGUCGCACAUUUUGAAUGGAAACAUCCACCUUGAAUGUUAUAUGAUGCCAACUAAAUCGAUAAGAAUCAUUGCAGUUCAUUGAAUUUACUAUAAAUGUGCUUGAAAUAUUUUAUUUACUCAUAGGUAAAAUCAUUUUAUGAUUUUUUUUUUGUAAUUCACAGUAAACAUACCUUCAAUGACUCAUUUUAAACAUAUGAAACUGUUCACAUUUUACGGUCAGGAUUUUUUUUAUUUUAUUAUAUUAUGAAAAUGAUAAUAUAACAAUUAAAUAUAUUACUAAAUC